UAAUAACCGCUGUCUGCUAUGCUCAACUAUUAGUUAAUGUUUAUUCUUGUUUAAGAUUACUUUCUCAGUACUUAUUUUAAUACUACGAAUUUUACUAUUUAAUAUUUAGUUUUACAUUGAGAUAUAUUAUGUCAAUCGUUUGAUUUUUUUUAUUGAAUCCUUCAAAAGUAAUACCAAAAUGAAUACGAACGUUAAAGGGUCAUGUGUUGACGUUAUAGUAUGUAUAAAAUAGUAUAGUUUUUAGUUAAAAAUAAUGCCAAACUGUAUUUAUAAUUGCUUACAAUGUUUUUUUUUUUUUUUACAAGGAAUUUAAGUGCCCAGCAUUCUGUAAUCUUCGUGUUUUCAAUGAGGGACAUAAAUUCGAUUUGGCUGCCAGUAUGAUCAUUAGUUCCAAUCGAUUUGGCAUAGCAUUUGUGGCUUCACCCAAUAACCUUUGUUGUAAGAUAUACAUAUAUUUUUUUUUUAAUUUUAAUAGAAUUAAUGUCAAAGCCAUUCGGAUUUUUAUAAUUGUAAUAUAAAAUAAUAACAUAGUAAAAAAAACACAUAUGAGAAUAUAUAAAUUCAAAGUAAAUUGUAAUCAUACUCAGUUUUGAUAAAAUUAAUGGAAAAAUUGAUCUGUAUAACUGAUGGGAGGAAUAAACAAAUUCUGAAAUCUGGUGUUGCAAGUCCAUAAUAGAUCUUAAACUUUGAAUUUUUAACUAUUAGUUAUAAUAUUAUUACUUUAAAAUUAAUAUUAAACUCUUUUUUGAAUGGUUAAAAUUACAAUACAUUAAGUAAUAUUUAACGGGUAUGUUCAAAAUAUAGCUAAUUAUUUGAUAUUUAAACAGGUGCAUAAAUUCGGAAAUUUAUAUUCAAGGCCUGACUAAAAAUCAGUAGAUAGUAGCUACCUAAAGAACAAUUUCAUUAUAAAAACAAUAUCUUGAACUUUAUAUCAAUUUUCAAAAAUUCCUAGGAAAUCUAUAGAAAUUGUGUUUAAAUAAGACUAACAAAACAAAAAUUUAAUUAACUCCAAAAUCCAGAAUAUUUUUUGAAAGUUUCAUUACAUCUAAAAUGUUUAGGUAUUUUACCCCUAUUUUUUUUUUUUUUAACUCCCUUGUCUAUCCUAAAACAAUUUACCAGCCUGAAAUAUUAACUCAGUCCACCACAGUAUUUAUUUAAUCAUGACCAUAAACAUGUAAUCAUUUUUUUAAAUUUUUGUAUUUUUUCAUAUAAUUUCGUAUAUAAGCCAAUAAAUUACCUAUCUUUUUUGGAUAUGAAAUGUAGUACAGCAGUUAAUAUACAUAUGUUAACCAAAACUAUUUUUAUUGAUGUAAAAUAAAUAAUUAAAUUAUUUUAAAUUUUUUUAGUGAUUUUAAUGAAACAUGUUCGUCAGUUAACUGGUGAUUUUGGAAUAGAAAAAAAUACAUUGACAAAUUUCUUAAGACGUGAAAUUGAAUUAGGCUAUACCCCAAACUUUUUAGACCUUAGCUGUGAUGAAGGUUAUAUUGCAGUUGCAGGAACUUCAAAUUCAAAACCCUGUAUAACAGUGUACAAUGUUGAAGAAUUAAUUUCUCAAGUAAACUUAAUUGAUUAUAAUUAUUGAUGUUAUUUAUGAUAUAUGUGUUUUAUUUCAGAAUUAUAUUACUCCAUUAGUUUAUAUUGAGUUUGAAGCUACUCAAGAGUCACACGUAAUAGAUAUGUCAUGGAAUCCAGGUGUACAAAAUUCAUUGGCGUGUUGUUUAUCUGAUGGUUCAUUUUAUGUUAUAGAAUUAAAAGAUGGUGGAACUUACAGUCUUGUCAGUUUACCACCACAAUCAAGUACUUUGUAUGUAAAUUUAUUUAUUUAUUUUUUCUCUAUUAAAAUAUAAUUUUUUAAGGUGUUUAAGUUGGAGUCCCAAAGGAAAACAAAUAAUAAUAGGCAGUUCAAAUGGUUGUUUGACUCAGUACAAACCUGAACUUAAAGCUGUUAAGCAAUUUUCACCACCAACUGAUGUUACAGGAAAUGUAAAGCCCAUCAAAGUAAAAUGGAUAUCAAAUUUUCAAUUUGCAGUUAUUUAUGAUUUUUUAGAUAACACAGAUGAUCAACCAAGUUAUUAACUUAUAAUUAUUAAUUAUAGUAUAUAUUCUAUUUAAAUAUAUUUGUAUUUUACAUAUUAUAUAUCUUUUUAAGGUCUUUAUAUUCUUAACACGCCAAAAAAUGCACCAGUGGAAUUUAUUAAUUUUGAACAAUUUGUUAUCUCGAAUGUAGAACAAUAUAGAUCUAAUCAAUAUUACACAACAUUUAUACCUAAUUGGUGUGUUUGAUUUUAUUAUACAUGAUAUAUUUUAUUUUAAUGGUAUUUAUUAUUUUAUUUUUAUUAGGAAUCUUCUUUUUGCGGCUUCUUCAAAUUGUUCAGAAAUAGGUGUGAUGGGAAUAAAUAAAGAAAAUAAAUGGCAAUGUUGGGUAUUAGAAAUAAGACCUGAAUUGCCAUACAGACUCGAUAAACAAAUUUAUCCUUUAGGAAUGUCUUUAGAUUUUUCUUCACAAAUGAAAAUGAAACAAAGUAAAUAUAGUAUUUUGCAUAUUGUCAUAAUUUUAUUUAAUAUUUAAUUUUUGUAGUAUCUAAAGCAAAUGAAGAAAUUUUUCUUGAUCCAAUGCCAGUAUUAUGUGUUUUAUCAACUGAUGGAAUAUUAUUUAUGUAUCAUAUUGAAAAUCAGUUAACCGGUUACAAUAACAUAUGUAAAACUCCCUCGGAAAUAUCUGAUAAUAUAAUAACUCAAUUAUUUACUACAGAUUCUAAAAUAGUAAGUCAUUAAUACAAUUAUCAAACUUAAAAUUUAAUAUACUAGAUAUUUAUAAAAUAAUACUGCUAUAAAUACUCCAAUCUACUCUAUGUCUUUUUUUAUAAUACUGUGCAGUAUAAGGAUGUUUGAUUUGCCAAAAAUAAUCUGUAUUUUAUUGAAAAAACAUGUUUUGUUGCCAGGCACAUAGCACCCAAAAAUUAAAUGAUUCUCAAUUGUAUGUAUUAUAAAGAUAUGUAUGCAAUUAAUAAGAACUAUUAAAAUACUAGAUAUUUUGAUAUACAAUAUACAUACCUUUAUAGUUUAAAAACAAUAUAGACCUUAAUAAUGUGCUAUAAAAUAUUUGAUAUUUAAAUUUUUUCUUUGAGUAGAACAUUCCUUCUCGGCUAUUUAACUUAAAUGAUAACUAUAUAAAUGUUUUUACUACAUCAUAAAUAAUAAUAUUGCAUAUGGUAUUAUGAUUUUAUUAUUAAUUUAACAUGAUUAACUAUUUUAAACAUUAUAAAUGGUAUAGAUAAAUCUAUCUAAAGUAAAAUUUUUGUUUAUUUAGUUAAGCUUAUUAUUAAUUUAUAGUGUAUUAUAGUUUCAUAUUUAUAUCCUAAUCAUGGUUUUUUAUAAUAUGACAACAUUUGGGUUUGAAUGAUAUUUUACCAUUAUCAAUUAUUAUAUAUUUAUAUAUUCUGAGUUAAACGAGAAAUGCAUAGGUUUUAAAUUGAUGCUUAUUUUUAUUUAAUUUUUUUAUUCUGUGUACAAAAAUUUUAUCAAAAAUUUCGCUCUCAAUUAUGGAGUAUAGUACUUUUUUUGAAAGGGAAUUUUCCUGGUUUCGUAUUAAGGAAGUCAUUUUUUGAUUUUAUCAGAAAUUUUACCACUAUAAAAUAUACAACAUUUAUUAUUUUAAAUAUUACGGCCUUUCAAAAAAUGUAUAACUGAAUUCCGUUCAAAUUCAUAUUUUGGUUAACAAGGAUUAAUUGUUGCGUACAGAUAUACAUUAAAUUCCCCUCUAUAUGCUACCUUUACAAAUUCUUUUCCACAAUAGUGUACCACCAGUCAUUUUACCCACGAGCUGCCUCUGAUAUUAAGAAUGAAAAAUAUAAUUUUUAUGCUAAAUUGUAUUAAUUUUAAUUGCUACCGAGGUAGAUUGCACACUUAAGAACAGCUGAAAACAUAGGCAUCUUUAUAUUGUAUAUUAUACCUUAUUUAACUGUUAAAUACUAUUGAAUUUAAUAUUUUUAUAAAUUAAUACUAAUUAAAGUACUUUUGUUUUUAUAUAUAUAGAAUUAUAAUCAAGAAACUGAAGACGUUGUUGUUACUGAAAUAACAGAACAAGUGGAAGAAAUUAAUGCUGUGUAUGUAAAUAAUUGUUAUACUUUUUGUUAAGCCAGAUCCACACCUGUGAAUGUAUUGUAUUCUAUUUUAAACACAUGCUUAUUUUUUUUGGGGGGGGGGCGACUCCUAACUUAUAGUCCUGGUCAAUGAGCACGUUGAAUAUAUUAUUCACCGUCUAUAUUUGCUGUGCGCUGAAUUUAGUGUAUACAAUUGUGAUUUAAACCAUAACGUGCACACUGGCUCAAAUGCAAACCAGGCUUUAAAUACAACAUUUUUUUUAAAUGAUUUAGUGCUUGUUAAUUUUUAAGAUUACGUAUAUGUGUUACAAUGACAAAGUAAUUGUACUUUUUAAAUAACCAAUUAAAGAUAAACAAUUUCAUUUCAUACUUAAGAUGCGAAAAUCUGUAUUAUUAAAGAUAAUAGUUGUUGGUAGUUCAUGGUAAAUUUCCAAUUAAAAUUUAGUAAAAAUAUUUAAUUAAAUUCUACUUGGAAUUAUUUAGUGUUAGCAAUGAUUUAUCAUUGCGUUCAGAAUUCAAACUAAAUGUCCUAUUUUUCUAACUUCCACUUGAAUUACUCAAUAAUAUGAAUGGAUAUUAAAUUAUCCAACAAAAAAAUAUAGAUUUUAUCUAUAUUAAAUCAUAAUAUUGUAUUUUAAUAAAAACAGAUCUAAAGAAAAAAAUUAAGUUUAUAGAAAAUUGUACAGUUAAUAAUAUAUUGAAAUGAUUUUGAUUAAUUUAUUAAACAUUUAUGUUCCUUUAAUAGGUAUAUUUGAGUAAAAUACUUUUUUUAAAACUUAUUCGAUAAUUAGAAAUGCCUAGAGGGUAUAUGGUUCCCCUUUCUUAUUCUGAGUUUAAGCAUAUAAUGUAAAAUGUAUUUACUAAUACACAUCACAUUACCAAACUAUGAGAAGUAUCAAAUAUUAAAUAAAUAUGUAUAUAUUUAUUUUCAUAUAUUUGAUAUCAAUCUGUAUUAGGAUAUAAUCAUAUAAAGUAACUAUUUCAAAAAUCUGUUGAAUAUAUUCUAAGAGUAGUAUUUUCUUUGCUUCUUAAUUUGAGAAUAUAUUGAUUUGUUUUGAAAUUGGUUUUAUAUAUAUAUAUAAUUGACCUUUAGUUUACAUUUUUAUAAAUUUGAUAGAGAUGAAAAAUCUAAAGGAGACCAUAAUGAAUCAGUUCUUGCAAGUUAUUUAGAAUCAUCAAUUACUUCUCAAGCUGAACAACAAAUUGGUAAACUCAAAUAUAUAUAUGAGUAUAUAAUUUUAACAAAUUUGAUUAUUUAUAGAUAAUUAAUUUUAUUUAUGCACAUUAGUGAAUUCACCAAAAAUAUCAGUUGUCAAACCAAAUGCUGCUGUUUCUAUUGCGACCAUUUCUCCUGUUCAAAAGGUUCCUAGUCAAUCAAAUCUUUCUGAUAAUAAUACAUCAGCAGAUGAAGCUGCAAAUCGAGUAAUGUUAAAUGAAGUUUUUGAAGAUAUUCAAUUAUUUCAAUUGCAAUUAGAUAAUGUAUUAAAAUUAUCAUCAAAUACAAGUAAACUCAAGGUAAGAACACACGUAUAUUUUAACAGAAUAUAUUUAAUCAGUAAUUUUAUUAGAUUGGCGAUGAAAAAGAUAAAGAAACACUUGUAAAAAAAUGGACAUCAUUAGAUUUGUUUUUCAAAGAAUUGAAUGAAACUAAUCGUUCACAAUGGGCAGAAAGCAAAGCUCUUCAAAAAGCUGUAUUAGAUUCUAUUGCUUGGAUUGAAGACUCAAAAUCACGCCUAUUUUUCUUGAAAAACCCAAAGUAAUAAAUAAAACUGCUCAUUUUUCAAUAGAUCAACUAUAAUAUUGAUCCUGGUAUUUCCAGGCAAUUUCCUUUUUGUGCUUACCAAAUUUCUUUCAUGGACAUUUUUGAUUGUAUUUAAUAAAUCUCUUCAAGCCAAUAUCUUCCCUUCCAUCCUGAAACUUGAUUUUGUAAUUGUUAUUCUCAAAUCAGUCAACCUAAACAAUGUUUCAAACUACCAUCUUAUAAUAAUUCUCCCUCCCAUAUUUAAAGUAUUUCAGACCAUCAUGUCCUAUUCUGUUUGGUAACUAACAAUUUCAUCACUGAUGAACAGCAUAGUUUUUGAUCUAGCAUUCUUAUGAUUUCUUUUUUUCUGUAGCAUUCUCAAGAUGCUUUCCUACAUUUCUUUUUGUGAAUUCUGUAACAUCUGUCCUACAAAAUGCCAAAUUACUCAUCUUUGCUGACUAUAUAAAAAUUACUAAGAUUUUCUAGAUGACCCUUUUCAGGCUAAAAUUUUCUUUCACAUGUCCUCUCAUUAGACCUUUCAAGCCCUGUUGAUCGUAAACAUCUAAUGUACAUUUCUCUCCUCUAAAAUUUUAUCUGUACAAAUUAAAUACCCUUCCUUAUUUUCUAAAAUAAAUUUUAGUUUUCCUUUUCAUGUCUCUCAUCUUUCUUUAUAUUUCCUUACAAAUAUUGCCAUAGCACAUCUCCCUCGUUUUGCAAACAUUUACCCCUCUUCUAAAGUCCUGGUUACACAGUGUAAACUAACACCCAAGGUUAGCCUAGUCAGUUACUGCAGUGCAGGUACUCACAUUGUGUGACCGCAUCAUACAAAUUAGUAUGUUGUGCGAGUCUGUUAGUCUCUUGCAUCCAAGUAACUACAAUAUUUUUUGUUUUUACUAUCAUGCUAGUACACAAGUGCAAUAGCUGUCUACUAUCAGGUCAGCAACUCGUAUUGUGUAACCUGGCCUUAAGUAUGUUGAUUUUAUUAUACUAUCUUUUAAUUGGAUACAAAAUGAGCCAGUUGUGUAAAAUAAAUAAAUAAUAUUAAUUUAUUUUAAGGUAUAAAUGUCUGUUGAGAAAUGAUAGCGAUGAACCAUUCAGUAAAACACUUUUUGAAAAUAUAGAACGUACAUUAUACUAUAUUGAAACUCAACUAGCACAUGUCGAUGACCAAUUAAAAGCUAGAUAUGACAGCUAUAGUCCAAGCAAUAAGUAAAUUAAUAUUAAUUUUUAACAUUAGAAUGUAAGGUUUAUUUUAAUAUUUUUUUUUAUUUCAGAGAAUUAAAAAUACCAUGUUUAGAAACUAUAUAUAAGUCAUUAGUAGUAAAUACCAACAUUGUAAACAAAUUAAAGGAAAAAAUUAAUCAUCUAUGCAAUAUUGUUGAAGAAGUGAAGUAUAGAACCUUUAAAAAAUUAACAGUGGCACCAGAUAUUGUACAAAAUGCUUCUAGAUUAAACGUCUCACGGUAAGUAAAUUUGUUGUCCCUUCGUCUUUCUUUGUCUAGUAUAUAAUUAUAUUUAUUUUAUACUUCUUUUUUUUACAUAGUGAUGUUGGUUUAUCGAAACUUUCAGAACAAUUAUUAAAAAUUACAUUAGACAAAGAUGGAGUGUCUGCCAUUAAUUCAUAUAAUGUUGCUAAAAAAUACUCUGUACUAUCGGCAAAUCAAAGAGCCCUUUCUAUUUCAAAAGUUAAUAAACUUCAAGAAUGGUUGAAAGAUUUCAAAACUAGGCGAACAAAAGUAACCCGAUCAAAUUAUGCAAAUAUAGAUCUUAGUAGACCUAUGUGUAGUACACCUUUAAAACCAUUGUCAAAACAAAAAGUUCAUGAAAAAACCACUGAAUUUCCUUCUAUAGAAACAAAAGAAAAAUUUGCAUCUAAUUGGUCACAAAACCCUAUACUAAUAAAUAAAAUUGACAAUUUUAAUAUAGAGAAGAAUACUGGAGAAAUACCGGUAUCCUUGACUGAUUUAACGCAAUUAAAAGAACCUAUAUUUAUUCCAACCACACAAACAGAUGCAGUAAAGCCAACUGCAAUUGCUAAUAUUAUUCCGUUGGGGUCUCAAAUUUUAUCUACAAACUCUGGCAUGACAUCAGUGUGGAAUCCAUUAGAUAAUACUUCUACUCCUAAACAAGCCAUAACAAAUAAAUUUGAUUUCAAGGGUUUUACCAAAGAUCCAAUGACAAUUAAUUCUGCUGCUCCUGCCUCAAUAUUUGGUAGUAAUACAACUUCUACUAGUGUUUCUGGCAAAGAUCCAGUAGACUUCAGUUUAAAAUCAUCAACAAUAACCCCUUUGGAUUUUAGUAAAAGUGUUAAUAUGGUUUCAACAAAAUCUACGUUGGAUGUUAUUUCAGGUGUUGAUUCAAAAGAAAAAACACCUUUCAGUUUCAUAAGUGCGCCUUCAGUAAAAACAGAAACAACUAUACCAAAAAGUACCAUUUCGAACACUUUUAACUUUACAGAUUCUAUAAAAAAUAAAAUGAAUAAUCAAUCACAAGUGUCAGGAACUACAUUCAGUUUUGAUACUACAAAAACUUUGCCUAAACCUUUAGAAACUCCUAACAUAUUUUCUGGAUUUAUUAGUGAAAAUAAAUCAAAGAAUAAACAAGAAACAGAACCAAAAGAUCCAACAUUAAACUCUUUUAAUUUUAGUUCUAAAUCAGAUACAACUUCAUUUUCAACAUUCAGUUUUACUACACCCAAAGAUAAUAUCGUAAAAACUAUAGCAUCAGAACCCAAAGCCAUUUUUACUUCUGCAUUUUCAACAGCUGCCACUGCAUCAUUCAAUUUUUCAAUUCCUAAAGUGAAAAAUGAGCCAGUUAGUUCUUCUGCAGUGUCCUCAACCGUAGGAAUUGAUAAACCAUCUGAUUUUAGCACUGUUCAUGAAACCUCUACUACAACUAGUAGUGUUACUGAAACUACCCCCAAAAUCUCUGAAAAUCCAACACCAAUAAUAUCUGAGCCAGUUACUCCAGAAAAAGAAAAUCUUCCUAUUAUUCCAGAAACUGCAAACAGUGCAUCACUUUUUGAAAUUCCAUCUACAAGUACAUCAUUGUUCAAUUCUUCUGUUAAUCCAACAAGUACUGCAAGCUUUUUUGAAAAUACCAAGAGCACAAUUAGUCAAGCGUCAAUAUUUAAUACAACAAGUACUAGUGCCCCUUCAAUUUUCAGUACGCCUACAAAUACUACUAAUACUCCAUCAAUUUUUGGUACACCUACGAAUACAACCAAAGCACCUUCUAUUUUCGGAACUCCAACAAAUGUACAAACCUCAUCAUCAAUAUUUGGAACACCUAAUAGUAUAACUACAACUUCUUCAAUUUUUGGCACAUCUGUUACUUCAACUACUUCAUCAAUUUUUGUAAAUACAACAAAAACUACUUCAUCUAUAUUUGGCACACCAUCUACAACAACUGUGUCUUCUAUAUUCGGAUCAGCUACAACAACAAAUACUACAGGUGGUUUUGGAUCUAACUCAACCACCAGUACUAUGUUUGGUACUCUUGCUACAACUAGUUCAUCAAUGUUUGGUAAUCCAACUGUAUCUGCUUCAUCCACCUCAAUAUUUGGUUCAGCAUCCACUACCACAUCAUCCAUUUUUGGUGCACCCACUGUCACCAGUACAACAUCUUCAAUUUUUGGCUCUCCUUCAACAACAGCUACGUCUAGUGGGUUAUUUGGAUCUGUAGCUGCAGCAGCUAAUCAACCUUCUGCAUUUGGCCAACCUUUAGGAUUUAGUUCUCCUGGAUCAGCAUUUGGUAACAUGAGUAUUUUUGGACAAGGAUGCAGUCCAUCACAACCUAAUAAUAGUUUUACACAAGCUUCCAAUCCUUUUGCUGUUAAUAAAACUCCUACCAGUACACCAUCUUUGUUUUCUAGCCAAAAAAAUGUAUUCGGACAACCAGCAGCCAAGUAAAUUAUACCUGCUAAUGAUUGUAUAUUACACAUUUGAUUUCUAAAUAAUUUCAUAUAUUUCUAGUACAACAAAUACAGGUUUUGGAGCGGCAAGUUCAGGAUUCGGUGCUACUGCCACUACUGGAUUUGGUAGCUCUGCAAUGAAUCAAUCAAGUAAUUUGGGUUUUGGAUCUGUUCCAAUGUUUGGCAGCAUGGGUGGUAUGUAAAUAAUACCCAACUUUUUCAGAGUGAUAUGACUUCUGUAUUCUAUUAUAAUUAAUUUUUCUUUUUAGGAACUGCUUAUGAUAUGUCAAAAUCAUCUGGUUUUGGACAAACACCUGUUUUUGGUGGAGCUGCUACAUUUGGCUCACCAAAUCAAUCACAAUAUACUUUUGGACAAAAUAGUACUACACCUGAAUGUAAAUAUUCUAUUUAAUUAGUAAAAAUAAUUUUAAUUUUAAUCUUUUUUUUUUUUUUUUCAAAGCUGGAACUUUUGGAUUUGGUUCAGCUACCCAGCAACCAUCGACUGCAUUUGCAUCUCUAGCUGCUCAAACCAAUUCACCGAGCUUUGGCAAUAUAGCACAAAAUCAAAACGCUGGUUUUACAUCUCCUGCGUCUACUGGAUUUGGUCAACCACAACAAACAAGUCCAUUCAAACCUCAAGCACCUACAUUUGGGUAAAUAUUAUAUUUUACCAUAUAGAUGCCUCCAGUAUGAUUAAUGCAAUUACUACUAACUAGUUUAAAUAAAAACAUUUAUAAGUACUUUUUUUAACAUUAUAAUGUAUAAUAAUAUAUGUAUAUAUAUUUUUUUUCAGGGGAAGCUCAUUUAGUUCCUGGCGCUAAAAAGAAAUUAUACAAAAUUCAUAACAAUCAUAAUUAUAUUCAUAAUAUUUUUAAAAAUGUGUUUCAAAUCAUUAAUGUUAAACAACUAAAAUUCAGCAGCAUUUAAUUUAGUAAAUUUUGUAACAUAUUAACAUAAAAUUGAUGAUGGUUCAUGAUUAUUCAUGUUCAUCUAAUAUUAUGUAAUUUUUUUUUAAUUUUAAAUGAAAACUAUAUUUAUAUUAUAUAAAUAUAAUAAAUUAAAAAUACAGGUAUUAAAUAGUUUCAAAAAACAUCAAUGAAUUAUAUGGUAAUAAUAAUAUAUCUAUAUACCACAAUCCCAGAAUAAAUAUCCUCCAAUGUUGAAACACAAAAAUAAAUUCUCAGAAUGAUUCUUUUACUAUUACUAAACUUAAGUAUUAUUGUUGUAAAUAUAAAUUCAAUCAACAAAUUCAUUGUCUAUAUUUAUUUAAAAACUUUGUUUUUAUAAAAUAAUACAAAUUAUAAUUGUUUAGAUACACCUUUUUUGCAGCUAACUCUAUAUAAAUUAAUUUCAGUGGACAGUGAAAUAUUUUAGAUUUUGAACUCUAAAUCAAAACAGUAAAUUUCAUAACUCGAUUGUAUUCACAAUUAUCAUACAUUCAAUUAUUGAACAUGAGGAAAUAUAAGUACCAAACUAUUUUUAUGUUAUAUAUUUUAAAGUUUAGUGUUGUUUAACCAUAAUACUAAAUAUUAAAUGGUUAUUUUGCGUAAGUGAUUAUAAUCUCGAAUUUCACUUAUUAUCAUUUUUGCAUGUUAUAAUCUAUAUCUGUGUACUAUACUGAUUACCCACCCUGUGGAUCAUAUAAUUAUAUAAUAUGUGACAAUAUAUUACAAUAUACCCG